AUGGAGGAGCAGAUUCCGGAUAGAGCAUUCCCGGCCUUGGAGAAGUAUGAUGGCUCGGGGGAUCCGGAGGAGCAUUUGAGGUCUUUUGUUGAUGCGAUGACCAUUUACUCCCCCAGGGAAAAUGUGUGGUGCAGAGUUUUAUCUUUGUCAAUAAAAGGAGAAGCUUUGGCCUGGUUCCACUCGUUAAGACCCCGAACCAUUAAUAGUUUUGCCACCUUGAGGGAUAUGUUUGAACGGCAGUUUUCGGCGGGUAGAACGCGAAAUCUGACGUAUCUAGAGUUGACUAACAUAAAGCAGGAGAAGGGAGAGAGUCUUAGGGAUUUCAUGGACAGGUUCAACAGAAUCGCUCGGCAAGUAAGGGGGGUAGGCAAGAAGUUUACCAUUAGUACUUUGGCUACUGCGCUGAGACCUUCCCCGUUUGCUGAUAACUUGUUCGCGGAACCCCCAUUAAACCUGGACGAGUUGCAAGAGAGGGCCGCUCGGGCAAGGGUGCUGGAGGAAGACCUGAGUGCAUAUUUAUUAAAGGUAAGACCUUCCCGGUCAUCACCUAAAGUAGAUGGAACUAAGCAUUGCACCUAUCAUCUGAACAUAGGGCAUAACACAGAGGACUGCACGGUGUUGAAGGAUAAGGUGGAAGAAUUGAUCCAGGCGGGUCAUCUGAAGAGGUUUGUCAGGGAGGAACGAAAGACGAGAAGUCCACCCAGAAGGACUAGGGUGGAAAGAAGUGACAGGAGAGAGGACAGGCGUCCCGACCGCAGGAGGAGUAGAAGUCACAGUCAUGACCGAUCACUGCGAGGAACGAUAAACACCAUCUCGGGUGGAUUUGCGGGAGGGUCGUCGGCGUCCGCAAGGAAGAGAAACCUGAGGGAGCUUAAAAGCGUCCACAGAGUAGAUGUGAGAAAGCGUUCUAUGCCGCCCAUCACGUUUACAGAUGAGGAUUUCCACGCUUCCGAUCCAAAUGAGGAUGACCCGAUGGUGAUAACGGCAGUUAUUGCCCGAUAUAGUGUGGGAAAGGUGUUGGUGGACCAGGGCAGCUCUGUCAACAUUCUGUACUGGAAGACAUUCCAACAGAUGGACAUAUUUGAAGAUUUGAUCGCCCCUUACAACGAACAGAUAGUAGGGUUCUCGGGGGAGAGAGUAGACACCAGAGGAUAUGUGGAUCUCAGAACGUGCCUAGGAACCGAACGGAGCAAGGAGGUGAAAACCAGGUUCUUGCUGGUGGAUGCGAGCACCUCUUACAAUGUGCUGUUGGGACGACCAUGUUUGAACGCGUUCGGGGAAAUUGUUUCCAUACCCCACCUCACGCUUAAGUUUCCAUUGGAUAAUGGAAAUAUCUGUACCGUUCGGUCCGAUCAGAGGAUCGCACGGGAGUGUUACAUGGCGAGGUUAAAGGUGCAACCAUCAUCAUCAGAUCCACCCGCCUGGCAAAGGAGGAGACGAUCGGAAGUAGCUAUGGCAGACUUGGAUCCAAGGACGAAUACUGACGAUCGGAUAGAACCGAUGGGAGAGACCAAGCCCUUUGGCCUCGGGCAGAGGGAAAAGCAAGUUACCACCAUCGGGAGUGAGUUGGAGGAGGAUCAAGCCAGAUUAAUUGGCACUUUGUUAAAGAAGAACCAAGACUUAUUUGCUUGGACUGCAGCUGAUAUGCCGGAAUCCAUCCAAGGGUUAUGUCACACAAGCUGA